UGUAUUGGUGGGCGGCUACACGCUACGCUACAACGACGACGACGACGACGGGCGCGACCAGGUUCUGACUGACUGACUGAGAGCGGCGAUUCUAUCCCCGGUGUUCCCGGCUUCGACGGCGGCGGUAGUCAGCCAGUCAGCCCAGUGUCCACUCGGACUCGGAAGAAAGCGAGAACACGAUUGUUUACAUCACGCGUGUCGUCGAGACGUUUGCGCGAUCCGAUCGUUUUUAGAGAGAAUUGAUUCGUCGAGGGAAUGCUAGAAGAAUAGAAGAUCGCGCUCGCGAUCAAGUGAAUGGUGGGAGAAAGGUGUUACGAGUGUUUGGGAUGUUAGGGUGGGCUACAAGUGGUUUUCGCACGUGUUCUGUUUUCGAAAAAAUAAAGAUCGAUAGAGGAAGUGGAACGACGACGAUGGCUACGGCCGAGAAGGGUGAAGGUUGAUUAUGGAUUCAAUGUUUCGAAUUAGAAGAAAUACAAACACAGUUUUGUAAAAGUGAAUCGAAGGGGAACCCAGUUUGUGAAUGUGUGUGAGUGCGCGUGUAAGCGAAGAAGACGGCCAGCAAGAAUGAAAUUCGCGAUUAUUAUUGCGAAUUUAUAGAAUCGCCCCUCAGUGGUGUGCGUUUGCGAAUUUAUUUUUUAUUUGAUUCGCGAAUUUUUGCUUCCUGCUUCGUCCGUUUGUAUAUGCAGAACGGCGCGAGUGUAUCGCCAUUCGGAAAUUGUGCUGAAAUUUCCGGCUCAUAGAGCAAAUUGUGCGCUGUCUCUAGUGUUUGGUGACUGUGGCCGUGACUCCAUGUGAUGGAGGCGCCACCUUUCGUUCUGCUGUUAUAGUGUUAGUGGCCCGUGCAUGUGCAUCGAAUCUGUCACCGACAAUGACCCGAAUUUGCUACAGCUGCUAUCAGCGUUGCAGCCCAGCAGCAGCCGAGUGACAUCGAGUUUCGUUUCUGACACCACCCCCUACUUCCCGGAAAAGCUCUCCAGAGGCUACCCCUCCCCCGCCUUCCGCCACGAAGCCAUCGGUGUAAAAUUUCCUAAGCUAUUUUCGGUGUAUGUGCAGCGUGCGCUCGGUUUGCACUUGUGCUCUUUUUACCGACCUUGAACUAUAUACUGCACUCUCGUAUAACUGGCCUCGUUUUCUGCUGCUGCUGCUGCUGCAUCUCUUCCUGUUGCAUCCCGGGGAAAGGCACGCGUGUUCUCCUGUGCGCAUAUUUCGGGAUCGACCUGCAUCCAGCUUUCUGUAUGUUUGUGUAUGUGUCCGUGUACCAGCAACCCCCGAUGACCAAUGACAAUCUGGGUGUUUUUGGAGUGCAUUCCCGUUGGCUCCCGACGAGGGCCAGCGCUGCUGCCACUAUUGUUGCCUGAGAAUCUCGUGGUCGCCGUCAUUCAGUCAAGUGCUACCUGAUGGAAACGGGCUAACUACGAAGUGUCUCACGUGCGUACUCGAAUCGUUAGUACAAAGUUCCAAAGUGUUCAACCCCGCGUCCGUAGCGAAGUUUUAUGGAAGAAAAUCUCCCCCCACAAAACGUCUUAACGUAGAAAAGUGUUCAAAUAGAAGCAGAGAAGAGUUAGUAGAAAUAUUUACCAGUGUUUAAGCCAGAAGCUAAGCGUAAGAAGAAAACUUAGAAGAGGAAGAGAAGUGAUUGUUUGUGACCCAAGUGCAGAAGAAAAGCCUUGUCAACCAUGCACGAAGAAGCCUCAUCGACGGCCAGUUCUUCCACCAAACCUACCAACAUCGUGUACACCAACAUCAAUGGCGGGGGUGGCGGCGGAAGUGUCCUAUCCGGCGGGGGUGGUGCAACUCAUCUCAACGGAAAUCUCCUGAUAACAACCACUCCAACCAUGCAGGACGCCUCGUCCUCCCUCUACGAGCUGGUUCACCAUCAGCACCAUCACCAACAGCAGCAGCAGCCCUCGUACCAGCAGCACCAUCAACAGGUCAUGACAACGAGCCAACCGCUCCAUUCAACCAAAAUCAUCAUCACCAAUCAGCCGCUAAUCAGCACCACUACCACCACUAGUCCAGCCGGGGUCCGCACCCUUCAGCAUCACAUGCAACAGCCCCAGCAGCCCCAACAUCACCACGUUCAAUCGACCUCGUCCUGCAGCUCCAGCAGCGGCCCGACCUCGUCCACCACGACCACCACCACCAUCCUGAUCAACACGGACGUCGACGGUUGCUCUCCGUUCGACAGCGUGGCGGCCGCUGCUGCUGCCAUCUUCGAAUCGGACCCCGGUGGACCUUCGGCCGAAGCGCUCACAGCGGACACGGCUGUGGCGGCGGCUGCUGCAGCCCUCAUAGACCUGCACCCAUCGUCGUCGUGCAGUUCCGCUGCGUCGGUCCCAAACGCCGCCGAUGGAACCCUUCACAUCCAGGAGUUGGGAAUUGCAUCGACAACUGUGGCGGCUCCAGCCACAGCAACAGCAGCAUCCUCAUCAUCAACAUCAGCGUCUUCGUCCACGGCUGCCGAACCCGGAUCCGGAGGAGUGGCGUUGCAUGAGCCCAUCGAGAUUAAGAUUCCAUCGGAGGGGUCCUUUGCCGAGGGAUCCGAUGGUAAGUACACCCGAUUCUUUUUUUUUUUCGAUUCAUUGAUUAAUGACUGUUUAAAGACCCUGUUGCUGUCGCGAUUUGGGAGAUUGCGACGUGAUGAUGAUUGUUGUUGCUUUCGACGAAACAUCGGCGGCCGAAAAUUGAUGACAGUGCAAUGGGUCAACGGUCCAACGCCCACCACCACCUCGGAUUACAUCGAACCGGAAUGCGGAGAGAAAAAGGACAUGAUAUGCCAUUUCCUAUCGUCGUCAUCACUACUGGGUACUGGGCAGCUGGGCUGCUUGGCAGCCUGUUUUCCAGUCCAACAAUCGAUAAAGCCGCCGCUCACAAUCAACGUCCACUCUGGCAGUCCAAACCCGAUCAAUUCGUGCGACCCAUUGACAGUGGCCCGAAAACCAUAA